CAUGUGAAACUAGUUGAAUGGCUUAAGUCAGUGGUUACAAAUACGACUGCUGAGGGAGAUUGAGUGAGCUAGUAAGUUGCCAAGAAGCCUUCUGGUUGCCUUAUGUUGUGUGCACCUGAGCUCUGAUCACGAAGAGGCUCAAAAUGGUGCAUGUACCUGAAGCUGAUGGAUGAGUUCCCUUUUAGAGAUGUAAAGUCAUCUUCUUAUAGUCGACUAUGUAGUAGUAAGGACAUCUUGACUGUGAAUGGGAGAUUCCCAGGGCCAACUUUGAAAGCCCACAGAGGGGAUAAAAUGGUUAUUGAAGUUCAUAACAAGGCAAAUUUUAACAUCACUCUUCAUUGGCACGGAGUUAGACUAGUAAGAAAUCCUUGGUCGGAUGGACCAAUGUAUAUCACACAAUGCCCUAUACAGCCAGGAAACAAGUACACCUACAGAAUUGAGUUUACUACAGAAGAAGGAACAAUAUGGUGGCAUGCACAUAGUGGAUGGGCAAGAGCGACGGUUCAUGGAGCCAUUUUUGUUUAUCCCAAACCUGGAUCCAGCUAUCCUUUUCCAAAACCUUUUGCCGAGGUCCCUAUCAUACUAGGUGAGUGGUGGAAGAGAGAUGUCAUGGAGAUACCAAGUAAUGCAAAUUUAACAGGAGGAGAACCUAUACUCUCAGAUGCCUAUACCAUAAAUGGAGAACCAGGCUUUCUAUAUCCAUGCUCCAAAAAAGGGACCUUUAAUAUGCUAGUUGAACAUGGAAAAACCUAUCUUCUUCGGAUCAUUAGUGCGGUAAUGGACGAAGAGCUAUUCUUCGGCAUUGCACAUCACAAGCUGAUUUUAGUCGGAAAAGAUGGUGCCUAUACAAAACAAGUUGAAACCUCCUACAUAAUGAUAGCCCCUGGCCAAUCCAUGGACCUGUUACUAGAAGCAAACCAACCUCAUGGGCUCUAUGUCAUGGCUGCAAGAGCAUAUUCAAGCGCCAUCGGAGCUGGUUUCGACAAGACCAUGACAUCUGCCAUUGUUAAAUAUCAUGGUUCAGAUGAUCACCACCACCAGCCUCGAGGACGUCCUGCCUUCCCACAUCUUCCACCCUAUAACAGAACACAAGCAGCAACAGACUUUACCAAGCAAUUUAGGAGCCUUGCAACAAAAGACCACCCUACCAAAGUCCCAUUACAAGUAGACACCCACUUGUUUUUUACCAUAUCCGUAAACCUACUUAACUGCAGUAAUAAACCGUGCACUGGUCCCUUUGGGAAAAGAUUUUCAGCUAGUGUCAACAACAUAAGCUUUGUCAUGCCACCGUCGAUUGACAUCCUUCGAGCUUACUAUUAUAAAAUUCCGGGGGUAUUCGAGAAGGAUUUUCCAGAAAAACCACCAAAGGAAUUCAAUUACACUGGUGAUGAUCUUCCAGAGAGAUUUUUGGCACCUUCCUAUGGGACUAAGGUGAUGCUUUUGAAGUACAAUGUUAGUGUUGAGCUGGUUUUGCAAGGGACCAAUGUGUUAGCAAGUGAUAACCAUCCUGUACAUUUACAUGGAUAUAGCUUCUAUGUUGUUGGCUCCGGGUUUGGAAAUUUCAACCCUAAACUGGAUCCUUUGAGAUACAAUCUUGUUGAUCCUCCUGAGGAGAGUACUGUUGGAGUUCCUAAAAAUGGCUGGGUCGCAAUCCGAUUCAGAGCAGAUAAUCCAGGCGUGUGGUUGAUGCAUUGUCACAUAGAGCGUCAUCAAACAUGGGGAAUGUCUAUGGUGUUCCUAGUCCAAAAUGGUGUUAGUCAUCAUAGUAGAAUUCUAUCACCUCCUCAUGAUUUGCCUACUUGCUAAAGGGAACAGAUUCUUACAUAGAUUUUGAGCUACUGUAAGAAGAAGAAAACAUAGGCUUGUAAUUCAAGAGGUA